AGCAGGUGGAGCGGCUGAGCUGGCCCCAGGGCAGCCCCAAUAUGAAUCUCAGUGUGGGUGUGGGGCAAUUUGGGUGGGAACAACCUGGAGACUACCACCUCGCCGUCCUGCGCCUGGCUGGUGGGGUGUGUGCAGAAAGAGCAGAAAUAAAUAGGAGGCUCCCUCCUCCCAGCGACUCUCAGGGAUUCGGAGGCCGCCGCCCUGGGUGUUUGCCUGCCCUGUAGCCAGGGUUCCAGCCUGAAGAGUAGUUUCGUUUCCUUCUGGCUCCAGGAUUAGUUUCCAGGCACCUCCUCGGACGCCCCGUGGCCUGGAAAAGGGACGCAGGAGGAGGCGGGAGGCUCGUCUAGGGGCUGCCCGCCCUGCAGCGCGGGGUUGAUGGAGCUGACCGCCCCGGGCAGCGGCGCCGGCUCCCUGCCGCUGCUCCUGGCCCUGGGUCUAGUGAUCCUCCACUGUGUUGUGGCAGAUGGGAACUCAACCAGAAGUCCUGAGAAUGAUGGCCUUCUCUGUGGAGAUGCCAGAGAAGACUGUGCAGCUACCACCACACAAUCAAAGUGGAAUGACUACUUCUCUCCAUGCCCCAAGAAAUAUGAGCAUUACUGCAUCAAUGGGAAAUGUCGCUUCGUGGGGGCCCUGCAGACACCCUCCUGCCUCUGUGAUGAUGGCUAUGCUGGGGCGAGAUGUGAGAGAGUUGACUUUUUUUACCUGAGAGGAGACACAGGACAGAUUCUGGUGAUUUGUUUGACAGCAGUUAUGGUGACAUUGAUCAUUUUGGUGAUUGGUGUCUGCACAUGCUGUCAUCCCCUUCGAAGGAAAAAGAAAGAAGAUAUGCCAAAUCUUGGUAAAGAUAUAACUCCUGUAAAUGAAGAUAUUCAAGAGACUAGUAUUGCUUAAUGUCUAUGAAGGUACCUCCAGGCUGGUCGCAAGCUACAAAAUGCUCAACUGAAAAUAGACAGAAUGUGUCUCAGGAAAACAGCUAACAAAAUGAAUUUUAAAUAAUGUUAUUUACUUUUGUUUGUAACAGUUUGUGUUGUUUACUGUUGUUUUUAUUAUAAUAAUAAAUUUUAUUAUCGUUUAAUAAUUGGGAAAAAGUACCCAGUUAAGAAGGGAAUAUUAUUAUACUUCCACUUAAUCCAGGAUUUGUCACCAGGAUUGCCAGUUAAAUAAGAAAAAGAAGUAGGAAGGACUCUAGAUCCUAGAUGUUGCAUUAAUACAUCCGCCAUUUAUCCAACACUUACCAUGUGCUGGGAGUUUGAAAUAUGUUAUUUCCUUGAAUCCUUGCAAGAAUCUCUGAGAUAUCUAUUACAAUCCUUAUUUCCCAUAUACGGAAACAGACCCAAAGAAGUUAAAUAAUCUAACCCAGAUUUUCAGAGUUAGGAAUUGGUGGAGCUGAAACUGGAACCAAGAUUUACCCCAUUCAACGUUUGUGCUCUGAACCAUCAUUUUUGCUCCUCACACUUGGUACAACCUAACUCACUAGAUAACCCAACAUUUUCUACUGAACUGUGCUUUGUCAUGACUCUGAGAUACUGGGGCUAUUUUUCUGCAGAAGCUUUCUGCAGCAUUGACUUUUAUUAUGUUCCUUUGCUCCUUUAUAAAUGCUUAGAGACAUGAAUAAACUUUAGGUUAGUAAAGCAAACAGAUUUGCCCCCUAGCUAGUAGAAUGCGUAGAGCUAUGGACAGGAAGUGCCUGGCAGUCAUUAAGCCCCAGUUAAGUUCACUGAAGUAUCAACAAUAGCACUGGAAGAUCUAGUUAUCCCCAGGAUAAUGGUCAGUGGCAGCAUAGCAGAGCCCAGGCAGAAGCUGGUUGUGACCGUAUGCUCGUUUUUGUCCUUCUAAUAAGCAGUACCUAUGAUUGCUCUCAGUGGAAUGCUGUUGCAAUGAAAUCCCGUGUAUACAACUAUUACCUGACACCAUCUUCCCAAAUGCUCCUUUAACUCCCUAGUAAAUUUAAUAAGGACUCUUUGCAACUGAAGAAGCAAAAUCUACAUGUAACCAACAUUCCAUAGAAUAUGGAAGUUUCAACACUGACAGGCUGGAUCUUUUAUAAAAACAGAUGGAGGAUGUCCCCAAAUUGCUGCACUUUGGCUGUUGCACCUGUCAUCCCAGCAGCUCCUUUUCCAGAAUCUUUGUAAAUUUUAUUCACAGGGUAGACGCCAUGCAUAAAGUGAAGUGGGGAAUUGGGAGAAAAGGUGAAGCUGUAUAUCACUUUCUAUUACACAUCGUGUUUGGGGAGAGACUGAGGCUGUGCUUCUAUGUAAUACAGACUUAGCUCAAAUAUCAAUGAGAGCUAAGUCAACAACUGAUGUCUCUAAUUCUAUUUUUUUCUCCUGACUUAGACAUUCUUACAACAAGAUUGUAUACAGCUGAUUUAUGUUGUAUAUGUUUUCUUUUCAAGUCUUCUGGACUCAUUUCAUGCCCUUUCUCUUUCUCAGUCUUCUUUGAUACUGAGAACACUUGAAACAAUGCUUGUUUGAGCAUUUAAAACAAAAAAGAAGGCGUAAAUGUUUCUUCUUUCCUGAACUGAUAUUGGUUGACCAAAGGAAUCUCUCAAGACAAUUCAGACUGGGGGAUUUUGUUUUGACCCUAAGAUGUUUAUGGUGUCUUUUGAAAAUCGGUAGGUCUGAUGUCAAGAAAGAAAUGAGGAUUUUCGUAUCUUUUCAAAAUGUAUUUAUAAUUGUUUUGCAUAUAUUAAAUGAACUUGGAUAUAAAUUGUCAAUAUUAUCAAAUAAUAAAAUUAAUUUAUUUUUAAAACAAAGAAAACACAUAUAUACUCAGGAAUUUUCUAUUGGUACCAGGUAUUAUUAAGAGAAAUACAUUUGAAUAUUACGCUUUGAAAAACUUUAUAUUUUAUAGGGACUACCAUUAUUAAAUUUGAGAUAGUCCAUUCUGACCAGAUGUUUUCCUUAGAAACUAAGAACUUGGAAGUGUGGUAGACAUACCUAUGGGAUUGUCUGCCCAACAACCUGCCCAUAUUUUUGACCCCACUUCCAGCAUUUGGCUGGUAGAAGGGGAAUACUUAAUGAAGUUGGGCCAAUUGGAGUCAUUCCCAUUUCAAAGCUAUGGGCAGUCAUGUUUUUCCUCAUGUGGAUCAGAAAAGCAAAGGAAGCUGAUUAGAGAGACCAGAGAUAUAAGAUUCAACUUUCCUGAGAGUCUGAGUCCCUAGUACAUGUAUUCCCAAAGUUUAGCCUCAUUCUGUUCCUGUCUGUGGCCUCUAUGAGACAUGUUAUCUUUAUAAUAAAUUCCUCAUUUGACUUGCCAUUUGGGUUUCUGAAACCUGGAACAGAGAUCCUAAUUUUAGUGCAUCAUGGGGUUGUGGACAAUAGUUUCUUAAAGCAGAAAUAACAUCCUCUAUCAAACAGAAUAUCAAAUUAUGGUUUUUACAUAGUGCUUUCAAUUGUAUUAGAGGAACAUUUCUAGCAACAAUAUUCUACUUUCACAUACAGCAUUCAAGAUGAUAAUUGCAGAACAUAGGGAGCAGGGAGCUCAGCAAACAUUGACUUGGCACCUACUAUAUCCUAGGCACUGUGCUCCCCACGGUGACAAAUGCUAAGGAGAAAUGACAUGACCCCUUAGGAAGCUUACAGUUUAGUGGGAGGAAUGGCUACUCACUGAUCAUCUCUAUUCAAUUUGGUUCUCUUAAAGGGGCUGAAGCCCUGGGGAGGGGGCAGGAGCAGGUGGAGGGGGUCAGUGAGGGGGGAAAGG